AUGGCUUCAAUCGUCGAGAAUUCGUCCAAUUCUUUGGACCCCAAUCAGGCAAACGGUGCUGCUGGCGAUAUUCCCAAUGAUGGCACAGGCGUUGUCAAGCUCGAUCCUUGGCUGGAGCCCUUCAGCGGAGCUCUGAAGAGACGGUAUUCGAAAACACAAGAUUGGAUCAAGACCAUCAAUGACGCUGAAGGUGGUCUUGAGAAGUUCAGCAGGGGUGCUGAAAAGUUCGGAUUUAAUGUCGAUGCCAACAACAACAUUGUGUACCGCGAGUGGGCACCCAAUGCUACUGCGGCGUACCUGAUCGGCGACUUUAAUGGCUGGAAUCGUGGCGCUCACCCCAUGAAGAAGAAUGAUUUCGGUGUCUUUGAGAUUACACUCCCUGCCCAAAAUGGCCAAACUGCCAUUCCUCACAACACCAAGCUCAAGAUUUCUCUUGACUUGCCCAGUGGUGAGCAUGUUGAUCGACUUCCUGCUUGGAUCAAGUACGUGACACAGGACCUGUCCGUAUCCCCCGCAUACGAUGCCCGUUUCUGGAACCCCCCAGCUUCCGAGACCUACAAGUUCAAGAACUCUCGACCCAAGAAGCCUACCAGUGCUCGUGUAUACGAAGCACACGUCGGUAUUUCCAGCCCCGAGCAGAAAGUCGCAUCUUACAAGGAGUUCACCAAGAACAUGCUCCCUCGUAUCAAGGCUCUUGGAUAUAACGUGAUUCAAUUGAUGGCUGUCAUGGAACAUGCGUACUAUGCCAGCUUCGGAUAUCAAAUCAACAACUUCUUCGCAGCCAGCAGUCGAUAUGGAACUCCUGAAGAGCUGAAGGAGCUCAUUGACACCGCUCAUGGCAUGGGAAUCACCAUGCUACUCGAUGUUGUCCACAGUCACGCUUCCAAGAACGUCCUUGAUGGUAUCAACGAGUUCGACGGUACCGACCACCAGUACUUCCAUGGUGGUGGUAAGGGUCGACAUGACCAGUGGGACAGCCGACUGUUCAACUACGGGCACCACGAGGUGAUGAGGUUUCUACUGAGCAACCUGCGAUUCUGGAUGGACGAGUACCAGUUCGAUGGUUUCCGAUUCGAUGGUGUGACCAGUAUGCUUUACGUUCAUCACGGCAUGGGAACUGGCUUUUCGGGUGGCUACCAUGAGUACUUUGGCUCAGAUGUUGACGAGGAGGCUGUCGUUUACAUGAUGCUGGCAAACGAGAUGUUGCAUCAGCUUUACCCUGAGGUUAUCACAAUUGCCGAAGAUGUCUCAGGAAUGCCUGCUCUUUGCGUACCACUGUCACUCGGUGGCAUUGGUUUUGAUUAUCGCCUUGCCAUGGCAAUUCCUGAUAUGUGGAUCAAGAUCCUGAAGGAAGUCAAGGAUGACGAAUGGGACAUUGCCAACAUUUGCCACACCCUGACCAACCGCCGACAUGGCGAGAAGACUAUCGCUUAUGCUGAGAGCCAUGACCAGGCUCUUGUCGGCGACAAAACGCUCAUGAUGCAUCUCUGCGAUGCCGAGAUGUACACUCACAUGUCGACCCUCUCGCCCUUGACUGCCGUCAUUGACCGUGGUAUGGCCCUCCACAAGAUGAUCCGACUGGUGACACACGGACUUGGAGGAGAGGGAUACCUUAACUUUGAGGGCAACGAGUUCGGCCACCCUGAAUGGCUCGACUUCCCUCGAGAGGGCAACAACAACUCAUUCUGGUACGCUAGACGACAGCUCAACCUCACAGAUGAUCCUCUGCUUCGAUACAAGUUCCUCGACAACUUUGAUCGUAUGAUGAACCAAACCGAGGCCAAGUACGGCUGGUUGUCUGCGCCUCAGGCGUACAUCUCACUGAAGCAUGAGGGUGACAAGGUUAUCGUGUUCGAGCGAGCUGGCUUGGUCUUCAUCUUCAACUUCCACCCAACCAACAGCUUCAGCGACUACCGUAUUGGAAUUGAGGUUCCAGGAACAUACCGUGUGGUUCUUAACUCAGACCGCGGAGAUGUCGGAGGCCAUAACCGUAUCGAUGAGAACACUCGAUUCUUCACUACACCUAUGGAAUGGAACAACAGAAAGAACUGGACGCACGUCUAUAUUCCUGCUCGAACUGCCAUUAUUCUUGCUCUUGAGUCCACAGUCACUCAAAGCUCUUAA